AUGUUUCGGCGGUGGCGAGCGCGCCAUUCCUCGCCAGCCGUCAUUGCCCCGCCGCGUCCCGAGAGUCCCGAGGCUCGCACCGGCGCCGCCAAGUGGUCAACGCGGGACGUGGGUCGAUGGCUCGAGUCUGUGCACAUGUCCGAGCUCAAGCGCUCCUUCAAGGCGCAUCGCAUCGAUGGUAAUCGGCUGCUGGCGCUGCACGCCGAUGACCUCACGCGGCUGGGCCUCGAGUCUCCAUCCCAGCAGCGGCUGCUCCUGCACAACAUCCAGCAGUUGCGCAUUGUUGUCCAAUCCUCGCCCGACCACGGCCCGCGCGUAUCCAUAGUAGCCGCUCAGCAGCGUGUGCCGGUUCUGCACGCCUCGCAAAGUUCGCCCCUGCUCAAUAACGCACCAAACCCUUUGGAACCUUCGCAAAACUCUCGUGACAUGCUGGACUUUGACCCGGUCUACGCCCAGAUCCAUGAGGUGGCGCCCGGCCUAGAAAGCCAACGCCCUGGCGAGGCCAAAGUUCUUCAAGACAACUCAUCACGUGGCCGGCGUCCCCGCUACAGCAGCGUUGAAAGCGGUGACGUCGAUUCGUAUCAGGAUAUCAACCGCAGCUCCGACUCGAGCCCAUCCCCAUCGGUCCGCGAUCUGCACGCGCUGUACAGCACCGUUUCCAAAGGCCCACGCGCCCGACGCACCACUUUUGACACUGCUGAUCUCUCCACCUACAACAAGAACAGUCACAACUUCAACGCUCAACAGGUGGGCCGGCACUCCCCAGCCCCAUUGAAUGGCGCUAGUCGUCGACGUCUGGACACGGAUCCCGACUUUGUCAGCCGGCCCAGAGCCUCACUGCCCACCGACCCCAACAACCUGGGAGAGCACGAGCGCAAACACGAUCUGCUCAUUGAUAGUCUGCAAUCAGCGAAUCGGCAUACCAAAACCCUGCUCCAGGCCGCCGAGGGGGCCCAAGCGGACGAAUCCUCUUACGUGCCCUUUAUUGACGAGGAGGCUCUUCGGGGCAACUACUUUAACGAUCAGGCGUCGCGGCACGUGGUGCAAGAUCUUGUCCGCCAGCGAGCCCAGCGUGGUGCCUUUGGCAUCACUGUACCGGGCUCGAGUGGUGCCCGUAGUAGCCGCCUCCUUCUCACCGUGGCCGUGGCCGAAGAGCGCAUCGAACAGCUUCCCAUCUUUGUCGCAUUCCAAGGUCUUCGUCUUUAUGCAGAUGGCCCCGCCUUCAGUCGCCUUGCGGUCUUGGUUGAAUAUUAUCGCCACCAUCCCUUGCCCUUGUCCGACGUGGCUGAAGAUGUGUGCCUCUCAGUGGGUGCCUUUGACCACGCGGCCUUGGCCGACUCCUUGACGCUCGAUGCCGAUGCCUCUCACCGGCAAACCGGAUCUGGCGACUCCCCGCCAGCAUGGUUUGUGGGCGAACUGGACACGGAGAGCUGUCAGGCCGUCUUGCGCUACGAACGGGAUGGUUGCUACUUUGUGCGACUGCGGCCGCCCUGGCAUCUCGAGGUCAAGGACCCCGCCGCACGCCUGCACCAAGUCACUUCCCGUCGUGCAGACGAUGCCGGACGUGAGCCCUGUGAGGUGGUCUAUCUGAACGGUGGUCAAGUCGGCUUUGCCCUGAUUGACAUGAGCCCGCUGGGCAUUUGCUUGCACGGUCACGAGAAUUACCAUGAAUCGCUGGCCGCGCUCCUCGAGCAGUUGCGCGCCCGCGCCGAGGAACUGCCGGUCAAGCUGACCUACACGCCAGGGGAUCUCACUACUUUGGUGGAUGAGCGCGCGCGGCGCGGGUCUGUUGAUCUGGGCUUUUCGGAUCGAGGCCAACACUCCCUGCAGCUGUCUCCACAGGACAUGCCACAGCUCCUCAGCACACUGAUCCCCGAGGGCUGGCGCGCUCGCUGGUGGCUGGAGGCACCCCUUGCAGUGCAGCGCGCUACGGCCUUGUUGCGCAAGUGCCCAGAUGGCACCUUUUUCAUCCGACACGGCGCCCAGCUGGGGUAUUUUGUUCUGACCUACGUCGUCCACGGCCGGCUGGAGACCGAAUCCAUCAUGGCUUUUAGCGCUUCUCGUAGUCGCCCCCGCCCAGCGGUGUGCGUGGUGCGUGCGAGCAGCCAACACUACAAGACCUUGUCACGCCUUGUCCAGACCUUGUCCCAGCCUUCAAGCCGGGCUCGACAACUGCUGCUCUGCCCGCUGGCCCGCAACGACUGUCUCAUGCCGGCGCGUCUCGAAGCCGUCCAGCUCACGCCGCCGGGCGUGAGCAACGUUUUGCAGCAGCCGGUGUCUCGAAAACAAACUCAGCGCCCCCUGUUACAGCCUCCUUCGGACGAGCGGCUCGAGCCUCACCCAUCCCAAGAAAGGGAACGAUCGGACAGCAAUGCCGUGCUCGCCGCAGAGCCUGGGCACUCUGCACCGGCUACGGCAACUUCAACGCCCCCACACUCGCCCAUGGCGCGGCGACGCGGCGCUCGGCGCCGUUCACGUAGCCAGAGCAACGAUCCGGCUGACCUACCUACCCGGGCCACCAACCGUCCGGCUCGCCUACAGGAUAUCAAGGCAGUCUCAGCCCCAUCGUUGUUCGUGCGCGCUGAUCCAGCCCGGCGGAGCAGCUCCAUGCACGGAACCGCCUCAGCGGCGGGUCGAUCAAGCAUGGUGGGCCCGGGUCAGCCUGGAGGGGGGCGUGACAUUCAGCGCUCCACUUCUUUGCACGGCACAACGAAUGGAGCCGGCGAGGCACCACUCACGGUGCGCGAAAUCAAGCCAAUUCUCAAAAACACUCGCCAUCCAUUCUUUCAGAAGCGUUCAAAAACCGACCCUGCGCGGAUUGAACGGAGCGUCGCCUUUGCCAACAGUGUCGAGCGGGUGGAAAUACCGGCUGUCAGUGAUUGGUAUUGGUAUCAGGCCGGCAAGCCACGCAGCGCGGCCAUUCAAGAGCUGGAUCACUGUCCGGACGGUGCCUUUAUCAUUCGACGCAGCGAGUCCAAUCCAGCCUGCUUUGCCCUCACUUACAAGGCCCUCGGCCGCUUCUGGGAUGAGCUGGUGGUCGUUCCCUCGGGCUCGCUCUAUGGACCUGGCAUUCACUUUGACUCUGAUCCGCGAUUGCGCUUUCGCAGUCUUGAGGAGCUUGUGCAGUAUUACGCCCAGCCGUCUUCGCCUCUCAUCUCGCCUCUCAUUGUGCCCGACUCGUUCUUCGACUCGUCCUCGCGUAGCUCACCGGCCCCCUUCGCCAGCGUGGUGCUCCAGCCUCGAGGCCGCGUGCCUUCCUCAUCCACUUACGAGACCUUGAAUCACGCACGGCAGGGGCUGACCAGCGGGCCAAGCAGCACGAGUUCGUCGCUGACUCGACUCAACACCUUGAACACUGGCUCCACGCAUAGCCUAUAUGAGAGCGCGGCACGAGUUGAGCCUCCACGCGAGCCGCGAAGGGCGUCCAACUUUGAGCUGGGUACACAGCGUUUGGCACUGAAGAAGAACAGGCCCGCAGCACGGGUUGUGCGUGUCCCGCGACAGGCUGCACCGCGGCCGGCGCGCCGGCGCCGCUCGAGCCAUGGCACUGCAUUAGUGCAGCCGGUGUUGCUAGCCCCACGGCUGCAAUCGUAUCAUCGGUACUCGGCACCAGAUCUGAAACCUUCACUGGCUUCUGCCGAGGCCAAAUGGCUGGAUGGCAAAGCCAAAAACCAGUCUUGGUGUCGUAUUCAUCAGCCGUCCCACGAUCAUGAGGCCAUGCUGGCACUUUCACCAGAGGGGAGUUUUAUCGUGCGCGACCCCGAUCUGCAAACCCAACCCCAAGGCAUGUCAUCCGUGCAUGUAGCGACGUUGGUGCUUCGCACGGCGCGUGAGCUCCUCUACUUUCCAGUGUUGCAGCAACAUAAAAAAGGCAGCCCUGUGUGCCAAACCCUUUCCGAGCUCAUCAACUACCACAGUCGUCCCGCCAACACGAGCCUGCCCGUGGUCCUGCGGCAGUAA